AUGAGCACUAUUCUCAAUGUGGCCGUUGUCAGUUUUCAUCAUAAACGGGGAUGUGAGGUCGAAUAUUCUCAUCCUCCAUUCGACGGCCCUGGAGAAGGCGGCCUCCCUGAAGAAUGGAACAAUUUGCCAUCUUUAGCUUUACCUGACGGUGUACAUAAUUGUAAUCAAGAUACAAUUUUCUUCUUACUUCCAUCUCGAACAGACCCUGGAAAAUGUGUAUUCGGAAUAUCAUGUUAUCGUCAAAUCGAUGCCAAUGAAUUGCUCUCAAAAUCAGAGGAUGUGACACGAACAAGUGUUCAGAAAUGUGUAUGUGUAAUCUCUCGAAUUCCCUUAUUCGGAGCGCUGAAAUCGAAAUUAGAGGUUAUAACACAAGCUUAUUUCGAACAACGCGAUUUUUCAAAGAUUGAAGUUUUAUCUCAAAUGUACACGAAUCUUUGCGAUAUGUUCGACGAGAAUAUGUCUGAUGACUACUAUUCCAAUAUUGUUUCUCACGAGUUGUCCGUUCAAGAGCUAUUUAUUCGAUUCCGCCAUAGAGCCCUUCUUCUCUUCAAAUUGUUUCUAUUAGAGAGAAAAAUCUUAUUUCUUGCGCCAUCUGGAUUACGGUUAAGUGAAACAAUGUUAGCAGUCAUUUCAUUAUUCCCAAAGAUGCUCGAAGACGGUCUCUUUCAUGCAACAAUCGGAUUGUAUAAAACAUCAGAUAAAAAGCCGGAAUCGCCUGCCAUCAGCAAAUCCAAAGAAAAUGAGGAAAUUGAAAUUCAGGAAGACAUUUCUGUAGAAUAUCUAAGAGACGAUCCUAUUAAAAAGAAGGAUUCUUAUGGAUUUCCGUUGAGUAUUUUUGCACAGGCUACGUAUUUUGAUCCAUAUCUUCCAAUUCAAUUCAUUGAUUCGGUCAAACAUGUUCGAAGCUGUGUUGUUGGUGCGACAAAUGCCUUAUAUGGAACUAAAAAAGAUGUCUUCGAUGUGAUUGUUAAGAUAGAGGAAGACACGAAUUUAGUUCACAAUCACAUUGUCAUCGAAAAUGAGAGCCUCGAACGGACUACUGCUCUAACAGCUGCUGACUUGAGAUUUGCAGAUUUUGUCAUCAAAAAGGUUGAGGAACAGCGAAAAUGUGCAACUGCUGAAUUCGAUGGAAGCGAUGAAUGGGUUCGCCUUCAAAUGCGUACAUAUCUGUUAAGUCUCGCCGCAACUGCUCGCUCUAACUUACAAGCUUCAAUUCCUCAUUAUGGUUUGACGUUUAUUAACGAGUGGAAAAGAACGAGGAAUUACAUUAUUUGGAUGUCACAGCCGCAUGAAGAUUUGUGCUCAGCUGCUCCAGGGCACAUGUUCUCGGAGCAUCAGGGAGUUUAUGACGUCUAUCUUCGAUUAGAACAUGCUGUAAAUGGAGUUGAAGGAGCUUCGAAGGUCAUCGGAGCUGUUAACACAACAGGCAAGAAUAUUGGAAAUUCGAUUGGCGAAACAGGUAGCAAGGUGAAGGCGAAGUUCACCAAUUGGUGGAACCGACGAGGUGUGCCGACGGCAGAGGAAGUUGAAUCUGCUGAAAUUGCUGAAGCCCAGGAAGCGAAGCCAGCCGAAAGAGAGUCCACCAAGUAG